AUGUUUGCCAAAGACGAAAACACGCUCAUUUUCCGCUACGACGCAGAGCAGCUCUGGGUCCAGCCAUGGGGCCCGCACGCGCUCCGCAUCCGGGCAACAAAGACGGCCUCGAUGCCCGCGGAGGACUGGGCGCUCACCGAGACCCUGCCCCCGACGUCCACCGCCGACACCAAGAUUGAAAUCACCGCCGAGCAGGCCACGCUGACACACGGCAGCAUCAAGGCUUGCAUAUCUCGCCUGGGAAAGCUUUCCGUGUACAAGGACGGGGGGAAGACGGUCAUCCUGGAAGAGUACUGCCGCAACCGGCGAGAUGUGCUCGAUCCGAACUGCAGCGCCCUCGAGAUCGAGGCCCGCGAGUUCAAGCCGAUCAUAGGGGCGGACAACUACCACCUGACAAUGCGCUUCCAGAGCCUCGGCAGCAAUGACGUCACGGACGACCAGGAGUACAGCGAGGAGAGGAUCUACGGCCUCGGGCAGUACCAGCAGCCCAUCCUCAAUGUCAAGGGGCAAGACGUCGAGCUCGCCCAGCGCAACAGCCAGGCCUCGGUGCCCUUCUACGUCUCCUCCAAAGGCUACGGCUUCCUCUGGAACAACCCUGCCGUCGGGCGCGCUGUGUUCGGCAAGAACAUCACCACGUUCGAGGCCUAUAGCACGCGCGUGCUGGACUAUUGGAUCGUGGCGGGAGACACGCCCGCUGACAUUGUGCACCGCUACGCCGACGUCACGGGCAAAGUGCCCAUGAUGCCGGAGUACGGGCUGGGAUUCUGGCAGUGCAAGCUGCGGUACCAGAGCCAGGAGGAGCUGCUGGGGAUCGCGCGGGAAUACAAGAAGAGGGAGAUCCCGCUGGAUGUGAUUGUGGUGGAUUUCUUCCACUGGGAGAAGCAGGGGAACUGGUCCUUUGAUAAGACGUAUUGGCCUGAUCCAGACGCCAUGGUCGCCGAGCUCAAAUCCAUGGACAUCGAGCUCAUGGUCAGCAUCUGGCCGACCGUCGAGCACGGCUCCGUCAACUACGCCGAGAUGCUCGAGAAGGGGUACCUGAUCCGCACGGAGCGCGGCCUGCGCGCGGCCAUGGACUUCCAGGCGACCACGACGCACAUCGACGUGACGAACCCGGGCGCCCGCAAGUUCCUCUGGGACACCGCCAACAAGAACUACUUUUCCAAGGGCAUCAAGACUUUCUGGCUUGACGAGGCGGAGCCCGAGUACUCAGUGUACGACCUUGACGCGUACCGCUACCACCUCGGCCCGAAUCUGGCAGUCGGCAACAUCUACCCGCGCGAGUACGCGCGGGCGUUUUAUGAGGGGCAGACGGCCGCGGGCCAGACCAACGUGGUCAACCUCCUGCGGUGCGCGUGGGCGGGCUCGCAGCGCUACGGCGCGCUGGUGUGGAGCGGCGACAUUGCGUCCUCCUGGGGCAGUUUCCGGAACCAGCUCGCCGCGGGGCUGAGCAUGGGCAUGUGCGGUAUCCCGUGGUGGACGACGGACAUUGGUGGUUUCCACGGCGGGGACCCCAGGGACGAAGGGUUCCGGGAGCUGUUUGUGCGGUGGUUCCAGUGGGGUGCCUUUUGUCCCGUCAUGAGGCUCCACGGUGACCGCGAGCCGAGACAGCCGCAGCAAGGGACGACUGGCGGCGCGACGUGCUGCUCUGGCGCGCCGAACGAGGUGUGGUCCUACGGCGAGGAGGUGUACAAGAUUUGCGUCCGGUACAUCAAGGUCCGCGAGCAGCUGCGGGAGUACACUCGGGGGCUGAUGAGGGAGGCGCACGAGAAGGGCUCGCCGGUGAUCAGGCCGCUCUUCUACGAGUUCCCGGCGGACAGCACGAGCUGGCGGGUGGAGACGCAGUACAUGUUUGGCAGCAAGUACCUCGUCUGUCCGGUCCUGAAACCCGGCCUGGGGGCGAUGCAGGUGUACUUGCCUCCGCUCGAGGGUGGUGCUCAGUGGACGGCAUUCGGGGGGAAGGAGAGCUUCGAUGGCGGGCAGCUGAUCAAUGUCGGGUGUACGAUUGAAGAGAUGCCCGUGUUCGAGAGGAAGGUCUAG